AUGGUAGAAGAUCGUGCAAAGAGGAUGACGCUAGAGGAUUACUCUAGUCCUAUUAUACCUCAAUACUUCACCAGCAUAGCCAGACCAGAGGUGCAGGCGGCCAACUUCUCAUAUCCAUAUUCCUUGAUCCAGUUGAUUCAAGGGAAUCUAUUUCCCGGCCUACCAAGUGAAGAUCCAUACGCACACCUGGCCACAUAUAUCGACAUUUGCAACACGGUGAAGAUAGCUGGAGUUCCUGAAAAUGCAACACGCCUCAAUCUUUUCUCUUUUUCACUAGCAGGGGAAGCAAAAAGGUGGCUACACUCCUUCAAAGGUAACAGCUUGCGGACAUGGGAAGAAGUUGUAGAGAAAUUCUUAAAGAAAUACUUCCCAGAAUCAAAGACUAUUGAGGGGAAGAGGGAAAUCUCUUCCUUCCAUCAAUUUCUCAAUGAAUCCCUCAGUGAGGCACUCGACCGUUUCCACGGACUACUCAGGAAGACGCCUACACAUGGAUACAGUGAACCAGUGCAACUAAACAUCUUCAUAGAUGGCCUGCGACCACAAUCAAAGCAAUUACUAGAUGCAUCCGCAGGAGGGAAUAUCAAGCUAAAGACACCGGAGGAGGCAAUGGAACUCAUAGAAAACAUGGCAGCUAAUGAUCACGCCAUUCUUCGUGAUCACACAUAUGCACCAACAAAGAGAAGCCAUCUAGAACUCACCACUCAAGAUGCAAUCUUGGCUCAAAAGAAGUUGUUGUCCCAACAAAUAGAAGCCUUGAUAGAGACCCUCAACAAGCUUCCACAGCAACUACAAGCGGACCACGAUUGGAGAUAUUAUCCAAGUAAUAACUUCAACCAAGGGGGUUCACCCUAUCAGCAUCCUAGCCAAGGUCCAAGUCAGCAAGAGAAGCCACCUAUCAGUAUAGAGGAAAUGCUAUUAAGCUUCAUCCAAGAAACAAGGGCAUUCAUCCAGGAGACGAGAUCACACCAAAAGAGCACAGAUGCAGCCAUCAGAAACCUGGAGAUACAAAUAGACCAACUAGCUGAGUCAAUUACUGAAAAGCCCACUGAAACCUUUGCGGUAAACGCUGAGAGGAAGCCCAAAGAGGAUUGCAAGGUAAUUUUGACUGAGAGAGAAGAGGAAGAAAAGAAAACUGAGGAAGAUGUGUGUGAUAAGGAAGGAGAAAAGAAGGAAGAAAGAGAAAGAAAUGAGGAGAAAACACAACAAUGGGAGAAGCACUCACAAGUAGAAAUUCAGCAAGAAAGUAUUCUCCGAAUCAAUACCCCUCCUCAUCAACUGAUUGUCAAGGAAGAAAGGCAUGGAAAACAUGAGAAAGCCUUAAGUGUCAUUCUUUCCUUGAUCGCUACCACUUCUCUUGCAAUAAUGUUGAAGGUGUUUCUAGAAUACACGAGUUUCAUGGCGUCUCUAACUAUGAGGCGAAAAUGCAAGGAAGAUGUGUUCUACGUGACCUUCAUGCCACCUUGA